AUGAAUCACAAAACAGUUUACGCGGCCUUUUUUUUCACGAUUGUAGCUAACUUUUCGAAAAUCUUCGUUGACGAAUUUGUUCUUUUAAAAAACAAAAAAGUUACAUCCCUUAGUCUGUGUAGGACAGGUGCUUAUUACAGAACAGGAGAAAGAGGACUUUAUAAAACGAUACAUCAAAAACGUAGAAUAACGAGGAACAUUUUUUUCAAAUUAAAUCUUCCUGGAGGAAAAACACACCUUUAUCGAAAACACGUCGUAGAAAGGAAUUUUUUCGCCAAUAACACCUUUACCAUGAGUAAAGAUCAACCCUUUAUAUUUAUGCUUGGAGGGCCAGGAAGCGGAAAGGGAACACAGUGCAAAUUAAUUCAAGAAAAAUUUAACUUUGUUCAUAUUAGCGCUGGGGAUUGCUUGAGGGAAUACUUAACAAAGUGCGAGAAGGGAGAAGUAGACACAAAACACCAGACCAUAGUUGAGGACUGCAUAAAUAAUGGAAAUAUUGUUCCGGUGCACAUAACACUAGAACUGAUGAAAAUAAAAAUGAAAAACGAGAUUGAAAAAAGAAAGAAACAAGAAGAAGAAAAAGAAAGUGAUCCGGAGAAAAUGCCUGAACAUGUGGGGAAGAAAAGCUUUUCAUUUGACGCCUUGGAUGAAAAUGUCAAGUUAAAAAAUGCAAAUAUGGAACAUUGUCAUGACAAAUUGAGAUAUGAAAAUUGCAUAUACGAAAGUAAACAAGUACAAGAAAUAUUAAAAAAAAACAAGUUCGAACAAAAGGCAAAAUACAAAUUUAUAAUUGAUGGGUUCCCAAGAAAUUACGACAAUUUUGAAGGAUGGAUGAAUGUGAUAGGAAAUUAUGCUUAUGUCCAUUUGUGCCUUUUUCUUUAUUGCGACGAAGACACUAUGAUUAAGAGGUGCAUGAAUCGUGGACUAAUGUGCGGCAGAGUAGACGACAAUAUGGACACACUCAGAAAACGAUUUGAAACACAUAAAAACGGAUGCAUGCCCAUUAUAAAUAUUUUUAUAAAUGAAAGUAAAUGCAUCUUCAUAAAUGCCAAUAAAAACAUUGAAGAUGUUUGGAAGGACAUACAGUAUGUAUUUACGAAUAUGUAG